GACAACAAAUUAACAAUGGAACCCUCAAAAGAAUAUGCAUUCAACUACAAAGGAUUUUAUUUUGGAACAAAUCCAACUACACCUGAGUACCUAGAUUCCCUGGAGGUAUUUCAAAUCAGAGACAGUUAUGUAUUUAUAGCUACUUAUCCAAAAUCAGGUAAGAAAGAAAUUAUUAUUUGUAUUACCAGGAACCUUAAGGAUGUUUUGGUUUCUUAUUUCCACUUUUCCAAAAUCAUAGCCACACUAGAGGAAGUAUCAGAUUGUAACCUUUUCAUGGAGAGAUUUUUAGCUGGCAAAGUACUUGCCAGUUUGUGGCUGGAUCACAUUACAGGCUGGCACAGCCAUGCAGAGGAUUUCAAUAUACUCUUCCUUACCUACAAAGAAAUGAAAAAGGAUCUCAGAAGUGCUGUGCUGAAGAUCUGCAGCUUCCUAGGCAAGACACUGAGUGAAAAAGAAGUGUAAAGCGUUGUGAGACAGGCUAUGUUUGAGAACAUGAGAAAAGAUCCCAGGGCAAACUAUGAGAAACUACCAGAAUAUCUCAAAGGGAGAGAGAAAGGUCAUUUUCUACGCAAAGGCACUAUUGGAGACUGGAAAAACAUGAUGACAGUAGCACAGAGUGAAAGGGUUGACGAAGUUCUGAAAGAGAAAAUGAAGAAUCUGCCCAUCAAAUUCAUCUGGGAUAUUAAGGAUGAAAUUUAGGCUGGUUUCCAGUUUCAUCAUCCUUUGGUGUUUAUAGUGGA